CGACCAAUUCCGCCAUUGAUGGGUCCGUUGCCAGAGGACCGGCUGGAGCCGAAUGGAUGGCCAUUCAAGUAUACUGGCUUGGACUACUUUGGUCCGCUGUUUGUGACGAUUGGACGUCGCACUGAGAAGAGGUGGGUCGCACUCUUUACUUGUCUAACCACCAGGGCUGUCCACCUGGAGAUAGCCCACGAUUUGUCAACAGAUUCCUGCAUCAUCGCUAUGAGGAAUUUUAUGUGCCGCCGUGGACCGGUGGUCAGAUUGAGGAGCGACAAUGGAAAGAACUUUAUUGGAGCAGAUCGUGAGGCCAGAAAGUUCGAUGAAGUCUUCGAACCAGAAAAGAUCCAGGAUGAGCUGUCAUCCAAAGGAAUCGAAUGGAUCUUUAACUGUCCCGCGAACCCAGCUGCCGGCGGCAUCUGGGAAAGGAUGGUCCAAUGUGUGAAGAAGGUGCUCGCGCAUACUGUGAAGGAGGUGGCUCCUAAGGAACACGUCUUGGAGAGCUUUCUUAUUGAGGCGGAGAAUAUUGUUAAUUCUCGUCCGCUUACCCACCUUCCAGUCACUGUGGAUCAGGAGGCACCGCUAACGCCCAACGAUCUGCUAAGAGGAGUGGCUAAUGUUCCGGACCUUCCUGGAGAUCGCGGAGAGCAGCCUGUCAAGUGCGCUACUAGGAAGCAGUGGCGUAUCGCACGGAUGAUGAGAGACAGAUUUUGGAAACGUUGGGUACAUGAGUAUCUACCGACGCUUGUUCGCAGGGAGAAAUGGUGCGAGCAUGUCGAGCCUAUGCGCCCAGGGAAUCUCGUGUACAUCUGUGAUCCGGCCAUCCCUCGUCGAGAAUGGAGGAAAGGCGUCGUGGAGGAAGUGUACCCAGGAGCGGAUGGAGUACCACGACGAGCGGCGGUACGCACUACCAAUGGCGAUCGAGCUAAGUUAAUCAUGCGUCCCAUCUCCAGAUUGGCUAUCCUGGAUGUGGUGAAUGCAGUUGCUUCACCGGGGUGGGGAUGUCGUGGAACGGAUUAACAUAUCGCUCAAGGUUUAGUAAAUUUAAAUGUAGCGCCAAGUAUUUCAGUAUUUGUUAUCGAUGUUGUAAAUCGUUAGAGAGAUCAUAUUGUAAAGCUAAAUGCGGUCACACGAAAUGGUGAAUUGUAAGCCAGAAUCUCCCGCUCAGAUUUAUUCCGAUUGGAGAGAUCAAAGAGACUGGGAGGCGAGACUGCGAAUAAAACAUCGUCGUUUGUUUAUGCUAUUGUUCUA